AUGCUUGCUCACAAUUGUUUACAAAAACCUGCACCAAAUCCUAUUUGUUUGUCAUUUUUCAGGUUUGAGAACAUAAAUGGAUAUAACUAUCAUUUGAAGAAGCACCUGGCAACCGGAAGUGGACACAGAAAACAUAAAGGCUCUGGUUCAAACGGGCAAUAUAACUGUGAAAAUGAACUAAAUCAAACAGACCAAUGUGGCAACUCAUACAAGAAUCAUGGUGGCCCACUCGACUCUAGUGAUAAUGAGUUCAUUACACCACGGACUGGGAUGCGCCAAAAAACAAAACAACUUUCGGUGUUAAAUAAUAAUAGAAAAGACCCCGCAGAUAUGCAGUUACAGACAACAGAGGCAGUUCUGGUAUCCAAGGAAACACCAGCAGAUACUGACUCUGCCAUGCAUGUGAAGAAACAUGAGAUGGAGAGCACAUUCAGUGAGAAAAGACGGAGCUUGAAACAUGUUAGCCUUGCUCCAAACCAUCACAGUUUGUCAGGAAAUGAGAGUUCAGGGGUUGAGUUGUGCAGAAAGCUGUUUGGAAUUAUAGUGCUUGAGUAUGCCAAUGACAAGGCUCCAUGGAAUUAUGGAAGUAAAGAGCGCAAACUAGUUGUACAAGGAGUCAUGGAGGCAUCGCCUGCAUAUACAUCAGGCAGAAUUCACAGAGGGGACAUGGUGAUCAAGGUCAAUGAUGUCGAUGUCUCCUGGCUCAAUUUUACCCGCUUGCUGAAGUCUCUGAGCAAAAGAAAAAGGGUGAAACUGACGUUACAGUCACCCAGAAUAAUUGGCCCCAAACCUUCCUAUUGUGUACUAGAGGUGACAGGAAGUGACCUUUGUUUGGCUGUGACUGGCAAAAGGUUAUCAGACAUCCAAUCAGAGCUGUCAAGUCUGUCAUGUGUUGUGUUGUAUCUGACACUUGUUAGGUCUCCAGAGGGGGCAGAAAGUGACAGUAAGGAAGAUGUGAUCUAUACAUUUCCCCCAGAAGAACAAACUCUGACAGCACUCCGAGGCCUCUUUCUCACCCUGAGUUCCCUCCUUGUUGAUGUUGUGGACCAGCCAGCUUCUUGCACAAAGCUUGUGUUGAGUGAGGUCCCUGUGAAUGUUGUGUACAAGCAGUUUGGCAAGGAUGUUCUUGUGUUCGCCAUGCCAGACAGCAGGAUAUCAAGUGUGGAUCUGGCUGCUUGCUUGGAUGCCUUCUGUUCGUUAAUGGUGCUCCUGUUUUCAGAUGUUCAGUGUGCAUUUUCAGACUGUGAUAGAAACUGGUUGGACAGAGUUCUUGCCCUUGUGUUUUCUGAAACCCUGAGACUUGUUUGCCAGUCAUCUUCUCACAAAAUGGUUUCAGCUGUGACAGAUUACCACACUGUGAAGAUGCUCAACCUGUCUUAUGACAAUAAGCUGAUCUGUGAUGAGAUUUUGACUGAGUUUGAAGCCAUGGAUUUUGAUGAUUUCUUGGAUUCAAAAGAUUUGUUUUCAAGAAGAAAGUACACAGUGCAGGGAACAAGUUUAUUUUAUAAGGAAUAUUUAGUUACCAGCCACGUGCCGUGUGAGCAGCAAAGAAACAUAAAUCUGUUCAUGAACUGUCAUGGAUUGUUAGCCCUGUCGUCACGACAACAUGUGACCCAGGUCAUGGUUUGGCAGGAAGUGAAAUCCCGCACAUCUCCGGAUGCCUCCCUCUUGUCUGCUGGUUAUAGACCAAAUCAGACUCGCAGUUUUCUCAUGAUUGUUGGCUUGAAGCACUAUUACCUGGCAGCUGUCAUAGAAGCAGGCGGGUGUAGCCGAUGGAUACACGGCCAGGCAAGUCCACUUCCUUUACUUGUUGAUCAGGGGAAGGCCACUCUAGCACAGCUGGAGACAGAGGAAGUGCACAUGUCACAGUGCUGUGAAGAAAGGUUAAUCGAUACAAGUAAGAGUGUCUCCUUGGCUUCUGCAGAUGAACUCUGCCGACUGAUGUCACCGAGAAACCGGGAUAUUUUUGCAGGUGUUAAUGACACUCUGACGCCAACAAUAUCUUUCCCCAAGAGCCCAUUUUCCAGAACAAAAUCUGUGGACAGGAUGGAUGACAGAAGUGACGCUGGCAGUACUGCCUUCAUAAAGAGACAGGGCAGCAAACUGUCGUAUGGUUCCAAUGAUUCUGCUGGCAGUGGUAGCAGUGCUGGACUUUCAAAGAGUAAAGGCUCCAGGUUCAGUUCUGCUGCUGACUUGCCGGGCAUAUCACGCAGUGUGUCCUACUUACAGAUCAAUGCCCCGCAUGAUGUCUUGGGGAAAAGGAGGUUGGAGAGAGGCAAUGAGUCAACUUUGUUCACCUUUCUACAUUUGGAUUCAGCGGAAGGCAUUCUGAUAACCCCAACAGAGGCAGAAAUAAUGGAUGUACAUUCUAGCUUACAGCAACAAGUAAUUGAUAACUUCUCAUCUUGUUGCCGCAAAAUGAGGACAUUGUUCCGAAAUCAGGUGACUAUAAUUCUGUGA